GAGCAUCCUGGGAAUUGUAGUGUCGGCUAGAGAUCGCUCUCGGCGCCGCCGGAAACCGACGUGCCCUUCCGGGCUCAAACGCCGCGCUUCGCAAAAGGGGAAAAUCCGGUGGGUUCCCCGAGCGACAGACAAUGGCUACCUACAGCCUGGCAAACGAGCGACUACGCGCCUUGGAAGACAUCGAACGGGAAAUCGGCGCCAUCCUUCAGAAUGCAGGUACCGUAAUCCUGGAACUUUCCAAGGAAAAAACCAAUGAGCGGCUGCUAGACCGACAAGCGGUGGCUUUCACGGCGUCGGUGCAACACGUAGAAGCGGAGCUGUCGGCUCAGAUCCGCUACCUAACCCAGGUGGCCACAGGGCAGCCCCACGAGGGCUCCAGCUACUCUUCAAGGAAGGACUGUCAGAUGGCACUAAAGCGAGUGGACUAUGCUCGCCUCAAGCUCAGCGAUGUGGCCCGAACCUGUGAGCAGAUGCUGGAAAACUAAGCCAAGUAGGCAGAGAGACAUCUUGGAGGCAGAUCACCACCUGCCCCCCGGGACAGAACCUGGAGACCUAUAGAUUGAGGAGCACAGGCUGCCAUGCAUGCCCUGCUGGUCAUAUAUGAGGACAAAGAGGCAAAAGGUGGGAAUGGAGAAACUUUAAGCCCACGUCUGCCCAUGACUCUGUGCUGGCUCCUCCAGCAGGUGCUCCUGCUCUAACUUCACCAAAGUGCUGACAAGCUCAGACAGGAGAUAAAGAGUCAGUCACCCAACCCACUUCCUUAGAUACUUCAUGUCCUUGUCCCCCUCCGCAGACUUGACCCAAUGAAGAACGUGUCUUCAUUGGGAGAGAGAAAACAGGAACUAAGGGUUUUGAUAAUGAAAAACAACAACAAUAAAGACAGUGAGCUCAGACUGAGACUGGGGCAUAUAUGAGUGACACAAGGGAUUGAGGAAGUAAAUCCAGCCUGGAUGGCAGCUGGUGGCUGCUGAGGGAGGGUGGGAAAACCCAGGCCUUAAGUGUGGGGUCAGGGGAGGAAGCAGGUGAGGGCUAAAGUUGGUGUGGUAUAGAGAGAGACUUUGGGGAGCGGGGUACCAUCCGCAGAGAAGCUGAAGCCAGGAAUCAUGGUAAAGGGGCAAGGGCAUGAGGCCAAUGUAUACAGAAAGAAGAGUCAAUAAUUAGAAAAAUACUUUUUAGUAAAAAUAAUAUACAUUCAGAAUUUUACACAAUGUAAAGACAAAAAGAAAGUUCUAAGAGGGCAGUGGCUGGUGUUAAACAGUAACAGAUAUAUACAGAGUGCCUACUGUGUGCCAGAGAGAAUGUUCCAGUUUAUUAAAUGGUUAUGGUAAUGGAUAAAUCACAUUUUCUACUCUCACAAGCUUCCAUUCUUAGCCCAACUGUUGGAAUGAAUAUGAUGCCACAGGUAUAUCUUGACGCUGCAAAUCUGGAAAAGAAAUUGAGGGAUGAGCUCUGAGAUCAAGGGAAGUUGGGGUGGGGAAGUGAUGGCAGAUUCACAUGCUUGAAUUAGAGAAUCAGACUCCAAGGGAAGUUGGGGUGGGGAAGUGAUAGCUUGAAUUAGAGAAUCAGACUCCAAAACAUUUAAUCAGACAAUCUGGUACACAGUAGGUACUCAAUAAAGAUUUGUGAAUUAAAUGGAUGGCUCCUACUUUCUACCCCUUCAUCUCCCACUAGUCUGCUCUAGCUGCCAUCUUCUUGGUGUUUCUUUCAAGCACUGCCUGGCUUUGAAGGCCAAGCACUGGACGCAGGGCCCAUGGUGGCUUCCCUCCCUCCCCAUUCUGUAUUCUGGCUGACUCUUCUCUUGUGACUUACGGUCCAUGGUGCAGAUAGCCUUCAUCUUUGCCUGCCUGGGGUGGUUUCCAGCUAUCUGGAAGCCACUGGGAUCAGGAUUCCUGCCAGGGAGGCUCUGGUCCCCAGUGGAGGGCUUCAGAGAUCCACUUUACCUGGAGAGUACUGCGGUGACUGCUUACUUCUCCUCUUACACACCACAUAGAGAAGGGCUCCAGUGAGGAAGAAGACAAUGCCCAAGAGAGACAGCACUGGCACCAUGACACCAUGUGACCCAGCUGUAGAACCCACAUUUUCUUCCAAGUGCUUCUGGUUCACCCCAGCUUCAGGCCCAACCUCUACACUGUGGCCCACAGAGGAAGUAGUGGUUUCAUGGGAGUGGAUGAGCUUUUUGUCCAAGGAAAGUGUUCCUACUGGAAGCGUAGGCUGCUGGGUAGACUGCAGGGUGAGUGGCAGGUACGUCUGAGCAGGGGUGUCCGUGACUGCAGGUGCCCCUUCAGUGGACUCAGGAAUCUGGGUGCUGGGGGGAGGUGAAUGCUCCUGCUGGACCACUCUUCCAGAGUAAGCAUGUCCACAUUCUGGAAAGGCAAGGAGUGAGGAAUCAUGAUUGUGAGGAGAUGGGGUGAUGAAGCAGAUAGAGGGAGGGGUAGUGGGUCAAGGGGAAUAACAGCUGAAGACCAGGAGAGAAAGGCAGGGGAGAGGUGAAAGGUGGGGGAGAAGGAAGUGAACCAACUGCAACAUGAAACCACAGGGACAGAGGUGUGUUCUGACCUGGGUUGGGCCCAGCCAGUGUUGUUCAGUGGUUGGGUGUCAACACAUGCACCAGGAAGUUGCUGGUUCGAUUCACGGUCAGAGCACGUGCCCAGGUUAUGGGCUCAAUCCCUGGAGGCAGCCGAUUGAUGUUUCUAUCUCUCUCUCUCCCUUCCUCUCUCUAAAAAUCAAAAGAUAUUUUUUAAACAAAAGAGCGAGAGAGAGAGAGAGAGAGAGAGACACUUGGGUUGGAAUCUGUUAUGAAGUAGCUGUGUGACCUUGCUCUUGUCUCUUAACCUCUCAGGGACUCAUUUGUUUCAGCUGUAAAGUGGGGAUAAUUUUAGUACCAAGGGCCAUAGUAGCUGGGAGUAUUACAUGAAAUAAUGUAGGCCUAUAGAGCUCAAAAGGCAAUAAACUUACCACAUAUGCUACACAAGACAACUUUAGGUGGGAUGUGAAAAACACUUCCUAUUUUAAUGGUUGUGUAUUUCUUUUAGGAGAAAAUACAACCAGUGCAUUAUAUUUAUGACUUCACUGAUAUUACUGCCUAGGGCAAGUCGCUACUUAAGUUUUCAAAAGUAGCUUGUGGCCUGACCAGUGUGGCUCAGUUGGUUGAACUUCAUCCCAUGCACCAGGAGUUUGCUGGUCCUAUUCCUGGUCAGGGCACAUGCCCAGCUUGCAGGCUCAGUCCCCACUAGUGGGUGUUCAGGAGGCAGCCAAUCAAGGAUGUUUCUAUCUCCCUCUCUCUAAAAUCAAUAAAACCAUUUCUUUAAAGUGGCUUAUGUACACUUAAGAUUUGUUCAUUUCAAAAAAAAAGAUUUAUUCAUUUCAUUGUGUGUAAAUUCUACCUCAAAAGAUAAAAGGAACAAUAAAAUACUGAAUUCUA